UCCAGCCCUCGAGCAUCCAGGAUGACAGGAAUUAAUCUGAUCCUUUUGUUUCUGCUGUUUCCUCUCUACAUCACUGAGGAGCGGGUGGCUAAUGAGCUGUACACCCUUGUGGAGAAAGGUCAGGGCAGCUUCGCCGACCCCGGGCCCGGCAACCACAGUAGGAUGCUGCUUAAAGAGCCGGCCCUGCCCAUCAACGAGCUCCUGGAGAAAAACAGCAAGGCCAGUGAGUCCAAAUACAACCUCCACCCUCUCCCCUCUGCUGUGUGGCCCAAGCACAGCGACCUGGCCCCCGCCCCUCGCCACCACGGCUCCCACAACAAGAGCAAAAAGGGCCCCAAGAGUGACCGUUUGAUAGAACACAACAGCGAGAAAAUCAGGGCCGACGUCAUGGGUUUGCUCCCCAAAACCCAGCUGACGGGAGCAUCAGGUGGAGCCGGCAACCACACGGCUCAGAAAAACAGCCAGGACACCCAGGCCCACGCCAGCCCGCCGCAGCAGGGCGAGGGAGAGGGACACCCCAACUCCAGACCCAGGGCUCCGGCACACUCACAGCCCCAGCAAGCAGCCGCCUCCCGCAGGGACCCCCAAAACCGCCGGCAGGACCCGGAGGAGAACAGGCCGGGGAAGUCCAGCCUCUACCAGUCCGGGGUCGGGGCAGCCACCUGGAACAACAGCCGCCCGCCGCUGCUGCUCAACCGCCGCUCCUCCAGCCUGCUGUACCAGUUUGACAUCCUGAGGCGAGAGUCUGACUUCACACAUGACGCCUUUUGCACGAGCGAGUGUCGGAAGGAGAAGGAUGAGAGGGAAUAUUACUGCUACAGUGAGUUUGCGGUUAAUGGGAUCGUCCACGACAUUGACGUACUUCCUAAAGGAAUUCGACUCAUUACGCUGAUGGUCAGCAGUGACGGUUUCUACAAAAUGAGUCGUCUGUACGUGACGCCUGACAGCUUCUUCUUCAAGGUCCGCCUCCUGGUCCUGGAUACGUACAAGUGCAGCAAGCCCUGCCCUGAUAUCAAACUCGGAACGAGAUAUAUCAUAAUGGGUCAUAUCUACCACCGGAGGCGGCACCUUCCCAGCGACCUCCUGAGCCUGCUGGGUGGAAAACUAAAGCCUGGAGACGGCCUCCUGCGGAGCAACAACUACAUCAAGAGGUUCAACAAACGGAGACACCAGAAAGCGUUGGAGGCUACCCGCUCAAAGUGCAGGUGAACCAGAGACGGUCAGCCUCUGCUGCAGGGGAAGAGACGUUGCAAGCGACAUCACCCGAUCUUGAUCAGCCUCUCAGCGUUGCCACAGAAACGGAGGAUGUGCUGGUGAUGACGUGGGGAUUCUCUUACGUGGACUGCUGUCAUGUAUCAUGAUACUGGCUCACCUUUUGUCUGUUUCCAACUGAACUGAAGUGGGGCCUCUUUGAUACGAGCAGCUUCAACUGAAUGAGUUUUUAAUGAUGUAUUUGCAGCAUUUGUCAGGCUCCCAUUAAGGGUUUAUCCUCCAAACACAUCAGGACCUCAUUCAUUCAUGGCUGGUUCAUGAAGUCCCUGAGUUUCACUUCUGAAGGGGAAUUUUACCGUAAUAUCUCAUCUUUCCAUUAAACCUGAAGUUAGCUCACAGGUUAAGAGUAUUUAAUCCACUUUCUGUUAAUUUGUUAGACUUAUUGUCUUGAUUCUGAAAACGAUCUCAUUAACGAUCUUGCAUUUACGGUUGCCUCUCCAACAAUUUGACAAAUUUUGAAAGCAUGUUGUGGUCAUCUGAAUAUCGAAUCACAAUUAACGCGUGAUAAGAAAAAGAUUUGAUGCAAAAGGAUCCAAAAUUGCAUUCUGUUUUAGUUUUUGCUACCUUGGACCUUUUCUGGAAUAGCCACAGUUUCUAGUGAAUUUCAUAUACUGCUUGUCAGGUUUUUGAUUUUUUAUUAUUUGCAAGUGAUGUUUCCAAAAUGACAAGAACUUAAAACGUUGUAUAUUGCACUGAAAUUUGGUGCAAGAUAUCACUGCGGUCGAUAUUAGUUAGCAGGAAAUGCACUAUUAAUGAAGGGAACUGAGGGGCCUGAGGAAUACUUAUAAAUACUUACAAAUCACAAGCCCCUUUCACACAGCCAGUUCGAGGCGGGAACGUUGCGCCUUUAAGUCGCUGUUCUGUGUGAAAGUCACGGAGGCGGAAUGGUGGGGCCAAGUGGCCCCACCAAUAAGCCGGCAGCGGAGGUAGUCACAGAGCCGAAACGGGGUCUGUGUGAAUGACACAGCCGGCAUGCCGGCAUGCCACUAGACGCUGACGCUGUCGUCACGCCUCUGAUUGCGGAACGCCGGCAUGCUGUGUGAAUUUACAGACGGGAGCGGCGUUAUGCCGGCGUUGUAUGGUUCUGUGUGAACCAACAAAGGCGGCGUAUUGGCAGGACUUCUUUACACCAAUAUUGCGGAAUCUCUGUGUGA